GUGACCUCUACCUCCUCAUCUCACUAUCCCUCGGCGAAUUCUUGUGCUUAGCGAACCAACGCUUGGCACAAUCUAUAGUCCAGUAGCUCUGGUAGCAUCUGGAUCAACAAGCAAUGCUCCUCUGGUGCUAAGUCCUUCUCGCGAUCGAACUCCAUCUCACUACAACAAACGAUAUCUACCAUGGCCAGCGUAUCACAUACCCAUUCCCACGGGGAUCUACACGAUGAUGAUUCAAUUCUUGAUGAUGAUGUUAUUGAAGCUGAUGAUGCCAUCGACGCUGAUGACCCAUUACACGAUACCGAUACCACUCCCUUAAGAGGCAAUAUUCAGCCCGAGGCUUCGAGUUCCCGAGGAGGAAAUCUUUCCGGCAAUUACCUGACCUCUUCAAUCCCUGGCGAAGACCGCCGCGCCGCUCAGAACACCAUCGAUGAAACGGUAUGGGAAACGGUGUCGCGUGAUCUACUGGCAGUCUGGGAGAAGAUGCGCCAGGUUUUGUGGCCCAAAUACCUGAUGGGUGGGAUGCUGCAGCGUGGUGGAGGAGGUAUUGGUGGUGCGGCCGAACGAGGAGAGGCCACUGGGUUUGGUAGUGGUGGUGGUCUGAGGAAUCUCGUGGGCCGCUGGCCGGACGCCGAUACUGUCUUACAAGGCGGAAUGAGUGAAGGUCUGCGUGACUGGGAUCUUUGGGGUCCGCUCAUUUUCUGCUUGCUAUUGAGCUUUUUCCUGGCAAUGCGCGCAAAGGGAGAUCAGUCAGACCUGGUCUUCUCCGGUGUAUUCUGUAUCGUGUGGAUUGGGGAAGCUGUCGUGACUUUGCAGAUUAAGCUGCUGGGUGGGAAUAUAUCCUUCUUCCAGUCUGUCUGCAUCAUCGGAUAUACGCUCUUCCCUCUUGUCAUCGCUGCCCUUCUUAGUGCGCUUGGCCUGCCGACUAUUGCGCGGAUACCGGUAUAUCUUGUCUUGAUCGCAUGGUCUUUGGCGGCGGGUAUCAGCAUUCUUGGUGGAUCCGGAGUGCUCAAGAAUCGGGUUGGUAUCGCAGUAUACCCACUGUUUGUUUUCUACAUUGCGAUCGGUUGCCUCUGCUUUAUCAGUUAAGGAUAGGUGCUAAGAGAUGCUGGCGAUGUAAUAGCUGGGGAAUUAACCAGCCUUGGUGAUAGAAAGACAGUGCUGCAAGCCAAUGGUAUAUGGGCGUGUGAAAUCUACCUAUCACUUUAUCUUCUGUCUGUUUAUCCCGUCGAUGUUCCUUGAAGCUGUGCUUUGUUUGGUUCUCCUUAGUGUAUUAGUUUAUUGCAUGCUAAGAUAUCCAAUUGAGAAUGUUUCUUCUGCUCGA